UAGGCUUUGUGACAAUACUGCAAGGGUCAAUAUCUAAUACAGUCUGCACUGACCAAUUCAUCUGCAACUGAAACUAUUCUUUACCUGGAGAACUCAACAGAAUGUCAGGAGCAAUUCCACCUACACCAAGGAUGACAACCAUGUCGUUUUGGUCAAAGCCAACACCAAUGAGGAAACAGAAGACUAAAACAGAUCACUGGGCCAAAUUACGACUAAAGAAUAAUAUAUGUGAAGACUCUGAAAUGAACAACCUUCAUCAAGAUUCUCCUGGAGUCGUAUCCCUGUCUUGGGAUCCAGCAACAACUCUAGAAAGUCACAAACAACAGAGUUAUAAAUCUAGUGAUCUCUAUAGUAUGGAAGCCACACCUCAAGUCAAUAGAACACAUCUUCCACCAUUAAAAACAGUUUAUAAUCAACGAGCUCGAGAUGGCUUCAGAUUCUGGUUGAUUGAAAAACCUCAUCCUACAAACUUUGGUAAAUAUGGAAUGGGAAGCUAUAAAACUGUACUAGGAAUUGGUAAUGCUCCUAGAACAUAAUCAACACACUCAUCAGACAGGAGGAUACAAUCUAAUACAACCCAUUAAAGAAUUGUGAAGAUGGUUGAUCAUGCCUAAAAACGAUUUCGUGUUCCUUUCAUUAAAAAUAUAAUUAAUAGAAAUUGGAAGUGAAUUUAUUAAUUAUGAAAUUUGUUAAUACUAUUUUUAAGGAAAUUCAUAUAAAAAUGUAAAAUUUAAGGUUUUUUCCACUUUUUUUUGAAUAUUGUAUCAUGCUUUUGAAUUUAAAUUAUCUUUUAAUUUCAUUGUUUUUUUUCAUAUUUUUGUUUAUAUCUUUAUUUGUAUAAUACACAAAUUGCAUAUCAUAUUUCAUCACAAGUAUAAUAAUGUUAUUUGUGAAGCAUUUAGUUGAAGUUAAAGACUGAAUUUAUUGCUUUUGUUUAAAAGACCAAACUCUGUAUACUUAUUUUAAAAUUUUGUACAUAAAAUGUUAUAAUUGUAUGUAUAUAAUAUUGAAGAUUAUAUAAUGUUAAUUUAUCAAACAAGUUUGAUAAUGUUGUUUGCAAUGCAUUUAGUUGAGGUUAUUAUAUUUAUUGAAUGAAAUAAUUUAUCUUGUACCAGAACAGUAUUAUUAUGUAAGAUAGAAUGUGUUUUUUUUAUCUUUAUUUCAGAGAGCUUCAGAGUGAAUUCAUUAAAAUAUAUUGAUAUGGUGGAUAAGCUUUUUUCUUUAAAAUGACAGUAGAAUUGUCAAAAAUUAUUUGACCCAUUUUUUUUUGUCUUAAAGGGAUUAUAAAUGGUUUUCUAAAAUUUGUAUGUGUAUUGAGAAAAGUAAUAGCAUCAAUUUGCAAUAUUCCAAUUUUUAAACAGAUGUCUGUGGUUCCUGCAAUUCCACUACAACUAACUGUUUGAUGACGUCACCAAUCGUGACUACCUAGUCACAUAGAAAAUCUCUUUACAAUCCCUUUAAUAGAUGAAUAAACUUUUACUAGCAGUCACAGGCCUCAUUCAGAAACAAGUAUGAUUUUUUUGACAAAUAGGAAAGAAAGUAAACUACAAGUGAGAUAAUUUUAUAACUAAUAAAACAAAAAUCCUGCUACAAUUAACAGGAGUGCUUCCUAUUAUCUUAUGGAGGAAAUUAAAAAAAUCACAU